AAAUUCAGCAGACUUUCGGUGAUGAUGCAAUGGGGGCCACUAAAAUUAAAGAGUGGUUCAACGGCUUUAAACAUGACCGUAUGUCAAUGGACAGUGAGCAGCAUUCUGGGAGACCGUCAAUGCUGAUGUCAUUGAAAAAGUGCGGACAUUGAUCAUGCAGGACCGUCGUUUGGCCAUCUGUGAAAUUGCUGAUGAGGUUGGGAUCAGCAGAGGUUCCGCAAACACAAUUUUAACUGACGAUUUGGGCAUGCGAAGAGUGGCGGCAAAAUUUGUGCCCAAGCUGCUUUCGCCGGAGCAGCAACAACUCCGUCUUGAGGUCGUGCAGGACAUGCUGGAAUGCGUAAACAGGGAUCCUGAGUUCCUGAAGACUGUGAUCACUAGUGACAAGUCGUGGGUGUAUGGAUAUGACCCGGAAACCAAGGUCCAGGCAUCACAAUGGAAGCAUCCAACAUCCCCGAGGCCCAAAAGAGCAUGACAGAUUCCGAGUAAUACAGCUUUUUUUCGAUUACCGGGGUGUUGUGCAUCAUGAGUAUGCAACACUAGGCCAGACUGUCAAUAA